UGUCACCUGCUUUGGGUUUGAUGUUAUUCGAGUGGCGGACUGAGGUGAGGAGAAGUCUCUCUGAGAGCUCACAUCCAAGAUGAGGACCUUAAUUGCGUUGUGUCUGCUGGCUUUUGUCGCUGGAGCUUCUGCACAGUGUGUUUGUUCAACCAUGAAAUGGGCGACCUGUGAUGGAAGUCCCUGUGUAUGUACCCUUCCUGUUGAUGACAACGUGAAGGUGUCUGUGGACUGCACCAAAUUGAUUCCCAAGUGCUUCCUCAUGAAGGCAGAAAUGUACCGUGCCAGGAAUAAACUGGACACAAGAUCCUCAAUCGGUGGGAAGCCAGUUGAGACCGCCUUUGUAGAUAAUGAUGGGAUUUAUGAUCCUGAGUGUGAAUCUACUGGGCAGUUCAAAGCAGUCCAGUGUAACCGCACAGAAACAUGCUGGUGUGUCAACAGCGCAGGCGUCCGCCGAUCUGAUAAAGGAGACAAGAACAUCAAGUGUGAACCAGUGGAGACCUACUGGGUUCGUCUUCAGUUGAAGCACAAACAGCUAGCCACUCCCCUGGAUGAUACAAAACUAAAAACUGGGGUUGAGAAUGCCAUCUUGGAACGUUACAGCAUCCCCAAGAACGUUGUGGAAAAAGUUGAGUAUGACAAGGAUGCCCGUCUGAUCGUUGUGGAUGUUAAGAAAGAAAUGGGGAAUCGUGACAUUGACCUGUCCCGCAUGGCUUACUACAUGGAGAAAGAUGUGAAAAUCCUGCCCUUGUUCAGAAAUCAGUCAUCAACUCUUCAGCUCAGUGUUGGUGGCACCAAGGUGGAAUUGGAGGACAUACUAGUGUACUAUGUUGAUGAAAAGGCUCCCACGUUCACUAUGAAGUCAGUGACAGGAGGUGUGAUCGCAGUCAUUGUGGUGGUCGUUCUGGCUGUGGUCAUUGGGCUCCUUGUUCUGUUCUUCCUCAGGAAACGAGAGAGGGCUCACUUCCAGAAGACUCAGCAAAGAGAGAUGGAUCCCAUGUCGUCAUAGUGAUGCCGUGGUUUUAGUCUUUAAACACUGGAGUGCUUUGCACAGAGAGCCGCUUGUAUAUUGCUUGGCUUUUUUUAAGUUGGGUUGUGUUUUUAAUGGGAAUUUAAUGUGCCUGUUACAUGCUCCACAGUUGUGAACAAAAAUGGAUCUUUUACAGUUACUUUUAAGCUAUAUUUAGAUAUAGUCCAGUCUUUAAUUCCCAACCAGGAUAAAGAUGGAAAUUUGUUUAGUCGGUCUAAACAGCUCAUUGUGCGUCUAGAUAUUUAAUGAUGUCUCACUUCACUAAAUAUUCUCAGUGGAUUUAAUACAUGUUAUGUACAGUUUGUAUGUCACUGUUUUUAAUAAAAAUGUCUAAAUGUCUUAACUGGA